AUGCAGACCGAGUCCUCGAGCGUCAUCAUUGAAUCGUCACACGUCUCCGACUGUGAGAAGAUGAAGCGGCAAAGGAAAGUUGGGAUCACUUGGACGGAAGAAGAGGACCGAAUGCUCUUAAAAGCUGUUGAAGCGUUGGGGACUAAACAAUGGGUCGAGGUCGCCAAGUUGGUCGGCACUCGUUCAAGAAAACAAUGCAGAGAGCGGUACGUCAAUCACAUCUGCCCAAAUAUCGACAAACGUCCGUUCACCCAUUAUGAGGACAAAAUCAUAUGCAACUCAUUUUAUGUGCUUGGCAAGAAGUGGAGCAAAAUAGCUGAAAGUUUAUCGGGGCGCACGGCAAGGUCUAUUAGAAACAGAUUUAAGACUAUCGGAGCAAAUCAAAAAAUCUCGUGUUUCUAUGCGGCCGACAAAAAUAAUUAUGCUGUCGUCUCAGGGGGGAAACUCUGGUGA